AUGAGUCCUCCACUGCUGAAGCUGGGUGCUGUCCUCAGCACCAUGGCCAUGAUCUCAAACUGGAUGUCCCAAACUCUCCCAUCUUUAGUGGGAUUGAACACCACCAGACCUUCCACGCCAGAUACUCUAAGAGCAAACAUUCAGCAGAAGCCAGCUGUUUUCAGGAACCCAAAAGAAGGGUGGCAAGUGUAUAGUUCAGCCCAAGAUCCUGAUGGAAGAUGCAUUUGUACAGUGGUUGCACCAGAGCAGAACCUAUGUUCCCGGGAUGCGAAAAGCAGACAGCUUCGACAACUACUAGAAAAGGUUCAGAAUAUGUCUCAGUCUAUUGAAGUCUUAAACUUACGGACUCAGAGGGAUUUCCAAUAUGUUUUAAAAAUGGAAACCCAAAUGAAAGGACUGAAAGCCAAGUUUCGACAGAUUGAAGAUGACCGGAAGACAUUAAUGACCAAACAUUUUCAAGAGUUGAAAGAAAAGAUGGAUGAGCUCCUGCCCUUGAUCCCAGUCCUAGAACAGUACAAAACGGAUGCCAAGUUAAUCACCCAGUUCAAAGAGGAAAUUAGGAAUCUGUCUGCAGUCCUCACGGGAAUUCAGGAAGAAAUUGGGGCCUAUGACUAUGAGGAACUACAUCAGAGGGUGCUCAGCUUAGAAACCAGACUUCGAGACUGCAUGAAGAAGCUAACAUGUGGCAAGCUGAUGAAAAUCACAGGUCCCAUUACAAUCAAGACAUCUGGAACCCGAUUUGGAGCUUGGAUGACAGAUCCUUUAGCAUCAGAAAAAAAUAAUCGAGUCUGGUACAUGGAUAGCUAUACCAACAAUAAGAUUGUUCGUGAAUAUAAAUCGAUUGCAGACUUUGUCAGCGGAGCUGAAUCAAGGACAUACAACCUCCCUUUCAAAUGGGCAGGGACUAACCACGUGGUCUACAACGGCUCCCUCUAUUUCAACAAGUAUCAGAGUAACAUCAUCAUCAGGUACAGUUUCGACACGGGAAGGGUGCUCGCCCAGCGGAGCCUCGAGUACGCCGGCUUUCACAAUGUCUACCCUUACACGUGGGGCGGCUUCUCGGACAUCGACCUGAUGGCUGACGAGAUUGGACUGUGGGCGGUGUACGCGACCAAUCAGAACGCAGGAAACAUCGUCAUCAGCCAGCUUAACCAGGACACCUUGGAGGUGACGAAGAGCUGGAGCACGGGCUAUCCCAAGAGGAGCGCCGGGGAGUCCUUCAUGAUCUGUGGGACCUUAUACGUCACCAACUCCCAUCUCACCGGGGCCAAGGUUUAUUACUCCUAUUCCACCAAAACCUCCACGUACGAGUACACGGACAUCCCCUUCCAUAAUCAAUACUUUCACAUAUCCAUGCUUGACUACAACGCCAGAGAUAGAGCUCUCUAUGCCUGGAACAAUGGUCAUCAGGUCCUGUUCAAUGUCACCCUUUUCCAUAUUAUUAAGACCGAAGAUGACACAUAA